GCGGCUGCUCGCCUCCCUCUGAUCCCCGGCUCUCCCCGCUCCGUUCUCCCGGCGUUGGGCUCUCCGGAUCCCGGCUGAUUCUGCUCCGUCUCUCUCUCUGUCUGUCUCGGCUCCUCUGAGAUGCUCUCCCCGCUCUCCGCUCCUCUCUCCGCCCUCUUUUAACUUCACAGAGACGCCGGUUUAAAGCCCGGGCUGCUGCGAGCCGGGGCUGGGAUCUAAAACAACCCCGGAGAAACCCAGAGGGAUCCGGGGCUCUUCUCUGGAUCAGGACCCGGUACUUUGGGGAAGCUCGCCCGUGUGUCCCCCACCCCUCCUCCUCCCCUCCUUCCUCCUCAUCGCUCCUCGUUCGCUCCUCCACCUUAAUCCAGGUGGUCCUUUGGCUUUUUUGAGUGGCGGCUACAGGGAGGAUUAUUCUUCUUUCUUGUUUCUGGUGAAGACAAAGCUCCCAGAAGGACACUUUGAUGUUCUCCAUCCAGGACAGCCUCCCUCGGGGGGCCCUGACCAUGAAGGAGGAGCCGCUCCCCACCGGCAUGACCCCGGUCCGCUCCUGGAUGCAAGGCGCAGGGAUUUUGGACGCCAACACAGCGGCCCAGAGCGGGGUUGGUUUGGCCCGUGCUCACUUUGAGAAGCAGCCGCCCUCCAACCUGAGGAAGUCCAACUUCUUCCACUUUGUCCUGGCGCUGUACGACCGCCAGGGUCAGCCGGUGGAGAUCGAGAGGACCUCCUACGUGGACUUUGUGGAGAAAGACAAGGAGUACAACGGAGAGAAGACCAACAACGGGAUCCACUACAGGCUACAGCUGCUCUACAGCAACGGCAUCAGGACAGAACAGGACCUUUACGUCCGGCUGAUAGACUCCAUGACCAAACAGCCGAUCCUGUACGAAGGCCAGGACAAGAACCCAGAGAUGUGUCGCGUCCUCCUCACCCACGAGAUCAUGUGCAGUCGGUGUUGCGACAAGAAGAGCUGCGGAAAUCGCAACGAGACGCCGUCCGACCCCGUCAUCAUCGACAGAUUCUUCCUGAAGUUCUUCCUCAAGUGCAAUCAGAACUGUUUGAAAAAUGCAGGAAAUCCGCGAGACAUGAGGCGGUUCCAGGUGGUGGUUUCCACUACGGUCAACGUGGACGGUCACGUCUUGGCCGUUUCAGACAACAUGUUCGUCCACAACAACUCCAAACAUGGCCGCCGCGCCCGACGCCUGGACCCCUCUGAAGCAGCCACGCCCUGCAUCAAAGCCAUCAGUCCGAGCGAGGGCUGGACAACCGGCGGCGCCACCGUCAUCCUCAUCGGAGACAACUUCUUCGACGGCCUGCAGGUCGUCUUCGGCACCAUGCUGGUCUGGAGCGAGCUGAUCACUCCUCACGCCAUCCGGGUCCAGACUCCGCCCCGCCACAUCCCCGGGGUCGUGGAGGUCACGCUGUCCUACAAGUCCAAACAGUUCUGCAAAGGAGCGCCAGGGCGUUUCGUCUACACCGCCUUGAACGAGCCGACCAUCGACUACGGCUUCCAGCGGCUACAGAAGGUCAUCCCUCGUCACCCCGGAGACCCAGAGAGGUUACCUAAGGAGGUUCUGCUGAAGCGAGCAGCCGACCUGGUGGAAGCUCUGUAUGGGAUGCCUCACAACAACCAGGAGAUCAUCCUGAAGCGAGCGGCCGACCUCACCGAGGCUCUCUACAGCGUCCCUCGCAGCCACAACCAGCUGCCGUCGCUCACCGGCUCGGCCGCCCAUUCGGGGAUGAUGGGAGUGAACUCGUUCAGCAGCCAGCUCGCCGUCAACAUCUCCGAGGCCUCGCAGGCGGACCAAGGUUAUUCCCGUAACUCGAACAGCGUGUCUCCUCGCGGCUACGUUCCAAGCUCCACGCCUCAGCAGUCCAACUACAACACCAUCACGUCCACCAUGAACGGCUACGGGGCGGCGGGGAUGACCAACCUGGGCGUACCUGGAUCCCCCAGCUUCCUCAACGGCUCCACCGCCAACUCUGCUUACGCAAUCAAACAGAAGAGCGCCUUCGCCCCCGUCGUGCGGCCUCAGACCUCCCCGCCCCCCACCUGCACCACCACCAAUGGCAGCAACCUCCAGGCCAUGGCAGGUCUCAUCGUUCCCCCCAUGUGAGGAAUCAGCCGGAUGCCAUCAGACCCUCCGAACCCCAAACGCCACCACACCAAGAAAAAUCCUCCCGUCCUCCCUCAGAAUCCAGAAUCCAUCACUGCACCAGAGAAACCUUCAUUUAUUUACUCGCCGUCAUCACGUUCUCCCCGUGGCCACCGCGUGUGGGCGUGGCCUGUGUGAGUGUGGGCGUGGCCACUGGGCGGGAGGGCAGGUGUCAGUUUGACUCUCGAGGCUGAACAGAUCAGUUCAAACCACUGUGAGGGCGUGGCCACCGGGAGCAUCUGUUCACAGCGAGAAAACGUCGCCGAGCUCAAAGCAACGACGUCAAACGUCAGCGACUAGCGGCAGAUAUUCUCCAGUUUCACUUCCACUGGGUGUUUUUUUACCAAGUUGUAAUUUGGCUGAAACGUGUACGUUUUGUAAUUUUCCUUUAAAUGAAAACAGGUCAUCAUGUGAUCUAACGUUAGCGCUAAAGCAGCUAAAUCAGCAGAUCAAUCAAUUAUUAUUAGUUUUAUCUGAUAAAUAUCUGAAGGAACUUUUUAUUUUAUUUUUAUUUUCUUUGGUUUUUGAUGAUUUGCAACAAAGUGAAACAUUAAAUCUGCAGGAACCAGAAAACUUCAGCAUUUUUACUUCAUAAAACUCGAUUAACUCACAUUUUUUUGCAGAUUAAUUCCUUGACUGAAAUAAAAACAUAAUUUAAACGAAUCACAUAAUUGAUCAUUUAUUUGCAUCAAUCAAUUGAGCCUAAUUAUAAAAUAUCUUCAUGUUUCUGGUUCCAGUUUCUCAAAUGUGCACAUUUUGAUUUGUCAUCUUAAACUUUGGGUUUUGAAUUGAACGGAAGUUAUUUUCUGAAAUCAGUUCAUUGAUUUUUCUGUUUGAUGCUUUUCUUUCUCUGUAGAUGUUGCAUCAGUUUUAACAUUUUGUCCUUAUGGGCUAAUUUCAGACUUAAAUUUUUGCAGUUUAACUCUUUUUAGAUGCAUUUUAGCUCAAAUUCAACGCAAGUCCCAGUAAAACAAACUCCGCUGAAGCUCUCAGAUCCGAUUGGUUCUCGUCUGAACAGAUGCUCCUCGUCAAGUUGGACCGAGUCCAAGAAACCAGGAACAUUUAUUUUUCUCAAAUGUGGACAAAAAAAAAAAAGUCAGACGGUUUUCAGAUUUGUUUUUAAUCGGAAGAAUCAAAAAACCCUGAAAGAACCGGACCGACGAACAUCACGAGUGUUUUCCUUUCUGUAGAUUUUACCCACGUUUGUGUCUCAUGUUCUGAAAAGGAGGAAAAUGCAGUAACUUUGUGAGCAGAUGUUCCACUAACGUUUGAUUUCCAGCUCCUGUUCCUCUUUCGUUUUCAUUCUUUUAAACAGUACAAUAGUUCUGUUUCGCGGGUGUGUCGAGUGGUAGAUUUUAACCAGAAAAAGCUUGCAGCAGUUUUAACCACAUUUAGGUACCAGAUUUUACUUGUUAUUCUUCUGAUUGUGCUUAUUUUCUAUGUAUUUAUAAAGUAUGUUUUGGGGAGUUCCUUUUGUGAUUUAGGCCUGAAUGAUAGUCUCAAAUAUAUAUGUAAACACAUUUGAUGUCUUAAUACCUUUUAGAUAUUGUAAAAAGAGUGAACAAGUGAGAAGAAUUAACCCUUUUUUGUAAAAACAACAAAAAAAAAAAACGUCAUGACGCGGUCACCCUGUUUUUGAAAGCAGGACGUAAAACAAACGCUUUCAUCACUUUUGUAUAAAACUGCUUUUCCGAUAUUUAACUUUUUGUAAACGGCAUCAUUUGUGUUCUCCCUGGUUCUUCUUCUCGUCCUUUGUGUAUUAUUGUGAAAUGUAUAAUCAUGGUUAUUUCUUAAUGCACUAUUUUUGUUGGGGCACUUAAUAAGAGCAAUGCAUCUUAGCAGAAAAGAAAAAAAAAGCUAAUAAAAGUGGGGGGAAAAAAAGAUGAAAGCUAGAACAAUAUGCACCAAUGCGUUUUUUUUGUUUGUUUGUUUUUCCCGCCUUUUUUUUCCCGUCGUUUUAAAAAUCCUCGUCAUGUGAAUUUUUUUAAUAUUUCGUUGUCACUCCUCCUAUGAACCUUUUUUUUUUUUUUUUUGGUUUCGGUGUUUUUAUCCAUCAGAAUAUUCCACCCGAUUCCAAGUCUUUGUGUUUUUUGGUGAUUUUUUAAAACACAGAUUUUAAAAAUGGGUUUUUUGGGUCACCGAUCUCAAGGAAACUUCCAUCGAUGUUGGUGUUGUUGUUGAUGGUGCUGUUCUCGUCGUCGCACACAAUCUGGAUCAUUUACUUAUGCAACUGUGUUCCUGUGCCGUGAUGCAAGCUACAAGAAGGUUUGGAAAAGCUAAAAGAAGUAGAUUUCGAUGCCUUACGACUGACCAUAACUCAACACGUUCUGCAGCGAUUAGUUCACGGCAGUUUUUGUUUGACGAGACUGCAACCUUUUCUUUUUGGUUCCUCAGUUUCCCCAAAAAUGUACUAAAGACUCAAAAGCUAGCGGUUAGCCUUUCAGUUAGCGACAUUUAGAAAACUCCCUGAUUUUGGUUGUCGUGUGAAACAGCGACCCCAAAUGACAAAGGGAGGUACUGCAAUGCCGCCUGCAAAGAAUGCGGCUCAUUUUUUAAAAAUUAUGUUGUUUCAGGUUGAAUCUGAUUCAUUUUAUCUUUUGUGGUUCCCCAGAAAAACGCAAACUGAAAGUUAGCGGUAAACCUUUCACGAAGUGAUGCUUGAGAAGCAAUAAAACUCCCCGAUUUUGGUUGUCGUGUCAAAUCACACAGGGAGGGACUGCAACUCCAUCUGCAAAAAAACGUUUUAAUAUUUAUGAUGGAACAUUGUUUUUGUUUGAAUCUCAAUUUGUUUGUUGAGCUGCACUUGAGUUAAACUGCGAGGAUUUUUUCUUUUUCGUCCCUCAGGUUUCCCGAAACAUCUCAAAGAGAAAGUUAGGAGUUAGUCUCUCAGAUAGCGACGCUCGGAAAACACUAACCUCCCUGAUUUUGGCUGUCGUGUGAAACAGCGCCCCCAAAUUACAAAGGGAGGUACUGCAACAGCUACAUCUGCAGUUCUGCACAACAGAACAGACGAGCUGGAGGUACAGCAGAAGAUGAACUGAUCUAAUGGCAGAAUGUAAAGCUGAAACCUUUUGAACAAAAUUAGGCUCUUGUUUUUGCUUCAUAGGAUUUCAGUGUGGGAUAAAGGGAAGAGGCAAACGAGACUUCAACUCUCAAAACUUUAACCCUCCGAACUCUAAGCAGCAGAUGGUUAAAUCAAAAAAGUAAAAUCUCAGCGGAUAUAUUCUGAUUUUUGCUUCUCACAGUUUUUCAUUUAAGGACAGUUUAGGAAACAUUUCAUUAACUUUGCGCCAAAAGAAAAAUGAACCAUCCAGCAUCCCUUUAUAGCAAAUCUCUAAAUUUCUUUGGGAAUCUUAUGUCUAGACAGAUCAAACUUUAUGCAAAUCGAGCAGGACCGGCGGCGUCGCGUCGGCUUGAGACUGAACAUCCGUCCGUUUCUUGGGAAAGCCAUUUUUCAGCUCAACUAUUGAACAGAGGAGCCGCACCUCAAACCGAACAUCGACUCAAACAGCUUGUAAGGUUUUUUAUUUAGUUUUUCUGUCACAGUUGUAGAAAGUUUGCUUGUCACCGUCCUGGUUUUCUUACUGAAAAAUAUACUUUUUUCGAUGUUUUACUUCAAUGUGAAAGAGGGCAGAGGCACUGCAUCUUUGUGAAAUAUGAAAUAUAUCAUCAAAGUAUAUCAAAGCACAAUGUUUAAUUAAUGUCUUUAGAAUACAAUCGGUGGCGACGCCGCCGGAUUCUUUUCUUUUCUGUCUCUGGCCAUGCUGUAAAUAGAUGCAUGUCUUUUUGGUUCAUUUUUUUCCUGUGAUCCAGUGCUUUUUGUACAGAAACAGUCUAAUAAAGAUUACAUUUGGCUUGAAACUGUCA